AUGGGAGGUGACAAAAAGAAAGAUAAGAAGGAAAGGAAAAGGUCAAGAUCUAGAAGCUCAGAGAGAUACAGAAGUAGAGAAGAUAGAGAAAAAGGGGAUAGCAAUUCAAACACAUAAAAAAGAAAAUCUAGGUUCGAUCUAGGUUUAAAUUAAAGCUAAUCCACUCCCAACAAAACCACCCAAGAGUCACCUCUUUUAUAGUCAAUGCAAAUAACUAAAACUUCAAGUGGACAAUACAAUAUUGGAAAUCUUAACAAUUCUGCUACAUAAGCCAUUAGUCAGUUCCAGUUAUAAAUGAUGGGAUAGAUGAGCACCAAUUUGAACUCAUCGAAUAAUAGCUUAGCAAAUAGUAACUCAAAUCAACUUGUUUUAGGUGGAAAUUCUGCUAUUACAAUAAACAGUAUGUUCGAUAUCCAUGCGAGAAGAUUAUACGUUGGUGGAGUCCCCGCAGCUGUCACUGAUGCUGCUGUUGUAUAAUUUCUGACUUAGACCUUAAGAAAAGCUGGAGGCAUUUUAGAGGCAGGUGAUCCAAUUGUGAAGUCUCAGAAUAACCCUGAUAAAAGAUAUACCUUCCUAGAACUAAGGUCUGUAGAAGAGACAAGUGCAAUGAUCUAACUUGAUGGAAUCAAAUUUAUGAAUUCAACUCUAAGGAUUAGAAGACCUGAAGAUUACGAAAAAAUGCCAAACAUUAUGCCCAAAAGAGCAAUUCCUUAAAUAAAUAUUGCUGAGUUAGGAAUAAUUUCAACAAAAGUAGAGGAAGGACCAAAUAAGAUAUUUGUUGGAGGACUGCCGAAAGAAUUUACAGAGGAGUAGAUUAAGAAUCUCUUAUUGAGAUAUGGGAAACUAAAAUCUUUCCACUUGGUGAAAGAUACUAAAAUAGACGCUUCUAGAGGGUUUGCUUUUUGUGAGUACCUGGAUGACAACGGGGUGCAGAAUGCUUUAAAAUUCCUAAAUGGAAUGAAAAUAGGAUCAAGAAAUAUAAAUGUGAGAAGAACAGGUUAAAAUACUCAUUUAGUCUAACAAAAUUAAUUUUCAGAGGAGGAUAAAAAGAACUUUCAAGAUAAGAUUGAUGACUUUAUAUAUGAAACUGGAAAACUAGUCUCACUUGUGGGGGUGAAUGAGAAUCAUAACAUAAACUAAUUUGAGGAAUUAGACAAGCAUAAUGAGACAAUGGCAUCUUAUAUUUCUUAGUACUGUGGAUACAAUACCCUAAGCACAGUAAUGGAUAUUAAAGUUCCCGCUCUUAAUAAAGAAAUAUUGGAAGAUGAGAUAAAGUAUGAAGAAAUUAUGAAAGAAAUGAAUGAGGAGCUAGGUAAAUUUGGAAAGAUUAAAUCAAUGAUAAUACCUAGAUCUCAAGAUAUGAUGCAGACAACAACUGUUAAGCCAUCCUCAAUCGGAAAAGUGUUUGUUGAAUUUGAAGAAGUAACUAGUGGCUUUGCUUGUUAUAACCUGCUGAAUUCUCGAGUCUAUAUGGGUCAUCCAGUUGAGAUAAAUUUCUACAGUAAAGAUCUCUAUGUUACAAAAUCCUUGAUGUGA